UCAAUCAACGUUUAAAAGAUUCUUUUCUUUUUACUAAUAAUUCCUUGUCUUCUUUUGGGUCCCUUGACUUUUUUUUUUUAAACAACAACAUAGUAAAACUAUUUGCAUGCUUUAAAUUAAACUUCCAAUUUAGGGAAAAAAAAACCCACUUUUAGACCAUCCACAAGAUGAACAAGAACUGAAGGAGUUUGAUUUUGUCCAAGUUCUUCAUAGUGUAUAUUUUUGUUUUUGUCAAUUUGGGUUCUAUCUAUUGUUGCCAUGUGUUUUAUAUUCCUAAAUCACCAAUCCCCAAAGGAAUUUCUUCUAUUAUGCAUGUGCCUAUGCACCAUUUAUGGGAUCUCUUCUUGUAGCAAAAUUUCCUUCAAAUUAGAAUAAUUUAAUUUCUUCACAAACAAAAAUGGGACAUUACCCUCACAAUAUGAUUUUCCAACCUCCAAGAAAGAAGAGUUCAAGAUUCCCACCCCUUCUUCUGACCCACUUCCUCCAUAGCAUUCACCCAUUACCUUCAUAUAUAAAAUUGUAAUCUUCAUUAAAUUGUAGGAUGUGCUAUCAUAAUUCUUUUAAAUAUUAACUAGUGUUGUCAUCAAAGUAUCUCAAUCUUCAGGGCAGGAGUUCAUUGUAGUAAUGCUUUCUCAGAGUUUCAUGCCAUCUACUCUGCCUGGCAAAUUUUGCACUUCUCCUUUUGAAUGCAACAAGAGCCCCCAGCUGACAAAGACAACUAGGAAAGAAAUCAUGUGCAAGUCUAUUCCCAAAGCUCAGCCUGGUUUCCCAUGGUCCUACUUAUCACAACAGAAGGCCCAAAGCAAUCUGCCUCUCGGGAAAAAUUGAGGCUUUUUGUCACUACUUAUAGAGAGAAUGGUUUUCGGCUGUCUUUUUUUCUGUCCCAUGGCCCCCAGCUGAUCAAAUCAAUGUCCCUCUUAUAUAUGAAUAAAAUGAAGGAUUCACAUAAGCCUAAGCCCUAUGCUUUUGACGUGUCAAUGGAUGUUCACAUAGAUUCUUAGGAUCAAAAUAAGCCACCAUUAAUAAUUUUUUUGGCCAAUGAAAAACUAUGGUUGAAGUUGAACACCCAAUUGAAUUAGAGUUUUUUUUUUUUUAGAGGCCAAAACUUUAAGGGGACAGAAUUAUAACCCACGCUCAAACCUCUUAACCACUGGACUAAAAGGCGGAAGACUAGAUUUGAAGCUACAUUUCUGCUGGGGACCCAUCAUCUAAACAAAACGUGGCUCAUCUUUUUGACAGGGUUUGGGCAGUGGCAGUUGCUCCGUUUCGAGGACCCAUAAAAGCCCAGCCAGUAAAAACUAGGUAGGGUACCCAAAAAUGAAAAAAAAAAUAGUAAGUCUAGAAUCGUGCGAAUUAAUGAACAAGUGUGGAGGAUUUUAAACUUGAAGGCAUGGAUAGGCUGAGAGAAGUCCACCCGGGAAUCCUGCACCACCAUCUGGUUUAUGCGGAUAUAUAAUUCUAACACACGUGGCACCUUCACGGCCAUUAUUUUUCAACCCUAGAUUGGCAAAUUGGAACAUUGUCCUUCCAUUCUUUGGAAACUUCUACCACCAAUACAAAUUUAACUUUUACACAUUUGCCUUCAUUGGUCAUUUUAUUUUGGUGGAUAUGAUUUUUACUUAACCUUACGACUAGGUUUUGAGAUUUCAAGUUCAACUUGUCAAACAAAUUGAAUCGACUCCAAUACCAAAAUUUGAUAUCAGAAUAGGUUAAAAUUCUAUAACAACAAUGUUUUGCAUGGAAAUUUUUUAAUGACUCAAAUUCAAUCUUAAUUUUAAAUGGCCAUUGGACUUUGUGUCUUGAUGGCAAUAAAUGAAAUUUGAAAUCUUUAAAUUUUAUUAUAUAUGAAUUUAGUCUAACAUAUUCAUAACUUAAAACUUGAAUUGUUAAAAACAUGGUUAAGCAACUACUCAGAGAGAUUGAAUAAAAUUUUCCCAAAUAACUAAAUUAUAAUAUAAUGAAUUAUCAAGCAAAAAUUUUUUUUGCCAUUAAUGGAAAGUUGUAAUGGUUGUUAUGGUUGAUGCCAAAUUAUCAACACAUGAAAACGACCAAAACGAAAGUACACAAAAGAAAAACCCAACCAAAGCUAACACUGAUGAGAACCGCUUAGUUCUAACCACGACAACCAAACAAAACCAGAAGGAAAAAGGGAGAAGAGGAAACAGAGAAAAGCAGAGUGAGAACUGAGAAUUAGUAAAAGAAGAAAAUGGCAGCAGAGACAGCGCUGAGAAUAACGGGUUCGGGUUCAACAGUUUGUAAUCUAAAUGGGUCUCAAAGGAGGCCAACCCUUCUAUCUUCUUCAACUCGUUUUCUGGAUCUGCCUCCUCGGCCUUCUUCUUCUUCUUCUUCUUCUUCUUCAAUUUCCUCCCUCUCUCAUUUUUUGGGAAGUGUCAGAAUUGGCUCAAGACUUCCCAUUUCACGUCAUCAACAGGGGAAAAGAAGGAACUUCUCUGUCUUCGCUAUGGCUGCCGAAGAGACAAAGCGUGUGGUGCCACUGAAAGAUUAUCGCAAUAUCGGAAUUAUGGCUCACAUAGAUGCAGGAAAAACCACAACAACUGAACGUAUUCUAUACUUCACAUUAAGAAACUAUAAAAUUGGUGAGGUACAUGAGGAUACAGCUACAAUGGACUGGAUGGAGCAAGAGCAGGAAAGAGGUAUUACCAUAACGUCAGCUGCAACUACGACAUUUUGGAAAAACCAUCGGAUUAAUAUUAUUGAUACUCCUGGCCAUGUUGACUUCACACUUGAAGUGGAGCGAGCUCUCAGGGUUCUAGAUGGAGUUAUAUGCUUGUUUGACAGUGUUGCUGGUGUUGAACCACAAUCUGAAACUGUGUGGAGGCAAGCUGAUAAGUAUGGAGUACCCAGAAUUUUCUUUGUCAAUAAGAUGGAUCGUCUAGGAGCAAACUUUUUCUGGACAAGAGACAUGAUAGUAACAAAUUUGGGUGCUAAACCGCUUGUGAUUCAAAUACCAGUUGGUGCAAAAGACAAUUUUCAAGGAGUGGUUGACGUUGUAAAGAUGAAAGCUGUGCUUUGGUCAGGGGAAGAAUUGGGUGCAAAGUUUGAGUAUGCUGAUAUUCCUGCUGACCUUCAGGAGAUGGCUGAAGAAUACCGGUCACAAAUGAUAGAAAGCAUAGUUGAAUUAGAUGAUCAAGCUAGGGAGAACUAUCUAGAAGGAGUUGAGCCUGAUGAGGAAACCAUUAAGAAAUUAAUUAGGAAAGGCACUAUUGGAAGCAGUUUUGUGCCAGUAUAAAGUGGCUCAGCUUUUAAAAAUAACAGAGUUAAGCCAUUACUUGAUGCCGUUAUGGAUUACUUGCCGUCAUCUCUUGAGUUGCCAGCAAUGAUGGGGACUGAUCCUGAGAAUCCUGAAGUGACAAUUGAAAGGACCACAAGUGUUGAUGAACCAUUUUCUGGUCUAGCUUUCAAAAUCAUGACUGAUCCAUUCGUGGGAUCCCUUACGAUUGUCAAGGUGUACUCAGGGAAGCUUAGCGCAGGAUCUUAUGUGCUGAAUGCAAACAAAGGAAAGAAAGAGAGAAUUGGUAGACUUUUGGAAAUGCACGCCAACAGUAGAGAGGAUAUUAAGGUUGCUUUGGCUGGUGAUAUUGUUGCUCUUGCAGGUUUAAAGGAUACCAUUACAGGUGAAACUCUCAGCGACCCUGACCAUCCCAUUGUCCUUGAACGGAUGGACUUCCCUGAUCCUGUGAUUAAGAUUGCUAUUGAACCCAAGACUAAAGCUGAUGUUGAUAAAAUGGCUAAUGGUUUGAUCAAGCUUGCUCAAGAAGACCCUUCUUUCCACUUCUCACGGGAUGAGGAGAUCAACCAAACUGUGAUUGAAGGAAUGGGAGAAAUGCACCUAGAGAUCAUUGUUGAUCGCCUGAAGAGAGAGUUCAAGGUAGAAGCAAAUGUCGGUGCACCUCAAGUUAAUUACCGUGAAAGCAUUUCUAAAGUUUCAGAAGUAAAGUAUGUGCACAAGAAACAGUCGGGUCGACAGGGGCAGUUCGCUGAUAUUACUGUACGUUUUGAGCUGAUGGAGCCAGGUAGGGGAUAUGAGUUCAAGAGUGAAAUUAAGGGAGGAGCAGUGCCAAAAGAAUAUGUUCCUAGAGUGAUGAAGGGACUGGAGGAGUGUAUGAAUAAUGGUGUACUUGCCGGCUUUCCUGUUGUUGAUGUACGUGCUGUGCUAGUAGAUGGUUCUUACCAUGACGUUGAUUCAAGUGUCUUGGCAUUUCAGCUGGCAGCCAGGGGAGCAUUCAGAGAGGGGGUUAGAAAGGCUGGCCCUAGGAUGCUUGAACCUAUAAUGAAAGUUGAGGUUGUCACACCUGAAGAACACUUGGGUGAUGUGAUUGGUGAUCUUAACUCAAGUAGAGGCCAAAUUAACAGCUUUGGUGAUAAACCUGGAGGGCUCGAGGUAGUGAAUGCCCUUGUUCCGCUCGCGGAGAUGUUCCAGUAUGUCAGUACUCUCCGAGGAAUGACAAAAGGUCGUGCAUCAUACACCAUGCAAUUGGCCAAGUUUGAUGUUGUCCCUCAACACAUCCAGAACGAGCUUGCUUCAAAAGGGCAAGAAGUUGCUGCUUGAUUUAUUUUUUUCAUAGCGUCCCAACAGCCAGGAACACAUAAUUUUAAAGCUCAACAUUACUCUUCUUUUUCCUUUUUUUUUUUUUUUUCUUUUAAUGCUAAAUUUCAUGUAUCAGUUUUGGAUACAAAUGUAACAAAAUUCUGAAGCACAAACGCUCAGCUUUUGUCUUCAAAAUUGUAAAUGCACCACAAAUCAUUGGAUAU